UUGCAUUUUGAGAUAACCUCCCUGUAACGAGCCACGCCCACAUAUUGCGGAAGUGACAAGUACGACAUCAGUCAUCACUAUACAUUCCAUUCAACAAACAGGAUAAACUCAGACUGAAGUUGUGACUUAUUUUCCUUCUUCCUGUAUUAGAAAGCAGACAGUUUAUUUCAGAAAAUGUUAAAGGCAAAGAAGUAUGACUGGAAGGAUUCCAACAUGGCCUUAUUUGGGUCUGAUACCGAGAAGGGAGUCAAAAAGGAGUCAGCCGAGUCGGAGCCAGCAUGGCAGGGAUCUGGACAGGAACCUGGUCUCAGGAUCUGGAGAAUUGUGAAAUUCAAGGUUGAAAGCUGGCCAAAGGAAGACUACGGUAAAUUCUAUAGUGGAGAUUCCUACAUCAUUCUCAAUACGUACAAGAAUCCCGACUCAGAUGAGCUUUUGUAUGAUGUACAUUUUUGGAUAGGAAAAUACAGCACACAGGAUGAGUAUGGAACUGCCGCCUACAAAACUGUGGAACUUGAUACUUUCCAUGAUGACAAACCAGUCCAGCACAGAGAAGUUCAAGGUCAUGAGUCUAAGUUGUUCAGGUCAUAUUUUGACACAUUAACGCUCUUGGAAGGUGGUGCUGACACUGGUUUUAGAAGAGUAACCCCAGAGGCUUAUAAACCGAGAUUGUUGAAGUUCAGGAAAGAAGGAAGAAAGGUCGAAAUGACAGAGGUUAAACUCAAAAGGAGUAAUCUUAAUGAAGGGGAUGUGUUUAUCCUUGACCAGGGACUGCAGUUGUACCAGUGGAAUGGUUCUGCGUGCAGCAAAGAUGAGAAAUUCAGGGCAACACAGGAGAUGCAACAGAUUUGCAGUGAGAGAGGGGGAAGACCUCGUAAAGAAACGCUUGACCAGGGAGACAUCUCAGAUAAUCAUCGGUUUUAUGACAAUUUUGCUGAUGAUGAUGAUGACGAAGAUGAUGAGCCUGAUGUUAUGCCAGAAGGUGAAGCCAUUCUUAAAAAGGUUUCCGAUGCUGAUGGGUCACUGGAUUUGGAGGAUGUGAAGGAAGGAGAAUUCAGUACAGAUGAUCUUUGUACAGAUGAUGUGUACCUCAUCGAUACAAAGAAGGAAUUGUUUAUAUGGGUCGGAAAUGGAGCUUCAGUUGAUGAGAGACAUAAUGCAAUGUCUUAUGCUCAUAAAUAUUUGCAAACAACAGAUUACCCAUUCCUGGCGAUUACUGUUGUUACAGAGGCAAAUCAAAGUCAGAGCGAAGGCUUUAAAAGUGUUGUACCAGGUUGUGCUUAAAACAAGCCACAGCACAUUUGGUGCCAUUAGCUAGUUUUUGACAUACAUUGAUAUAGGGGUUGCCAGAAAUACAGAUACACUUCAAUAAUCUUCAAAUGUAUCUACAGUUAUGGAUAUAGUACUCAUCACAGUGUACAGUCAACACUGAUGUUACAGUUGCUUAAGUCUACAUUGUUAUGAGCCUAGAAUAUAUUGUUUAUUUGAAUCUUCACUUAUGCCUUGAUACAAUGCUUAAAUCUGUGUUAUAAAGUUUCUUUCGGUGUAUUGGACUUCAAGUACUAUUUUUGAUAGUUAAAACUUUGAAAACUUAACUAUUUCUUGUGAUAUGUUUUGUGCGAAGAUAGUAUUCUCUCUUUUUAGACUUGAUGAAUUUUAAAGUUGAAAGAUGUUACAAUGUAAACCACAGGUUUGUCUUCAUGGUACAUUAUCCCAGGCAAAUAUCAAUGUAUUGGCAAAUUGCAUAAUUAUGGAGUCUUAGUUCAAGAGAUCUAAUUAAAAUUACACUGUAUAUAUUGCAGUUUACACGGCUUUUAGUACCUCAUAUAUGGUAAAUUCAUAACCAUAGUGCAUUUACAAUGUGUUCCUUCUUGCUCUUGCACAGUAAAGAUAUGUGUUCUCUUUCUAAUAUACUGCAUUGAAAAGAGUACCCAGUUUUGAAGAUUUUAUAUAAUAGAUUCUGGCUGACUGUUAUAUUAAAUAGGAAAGGUAGUGCAAUACUUUUGACAGAUUAAAAGCAAUUCAAAUGAGUCACCCAAAAUGUUCCUGUUCUCUGGGAAACAAGCCAUGGUGGGUCCAACAUUUUGUUAUCUAUGAAACGAGUAUUUUGUGCAAUCACGAUUAUUGUUUUUAUUACUUGUUGUCUUUAUUUGAAAAUGUUCUUUUUAAACAAUGAGACACAUUCCAUUUUAUAUGUGAAAAAUUAUUAUCUUCUUUUAAAUGGAUUAAAUAUGAUGACAUUCCUUUUCCUUAGAAAUUGUAGCGUUUGUUUAAUUUCAUGUACAAACUAUAUUUUUGACCAGGUUAGAAUGUGAUAAGAAUCAGUCAUCAUAAUGUCUAUAUUGAAUAUGUUCAGUUGUGUUGAAAGUUUGGGAAAAAUAAGGAUAUUUCAGAAUGACUUUAGAACAGUUUGAACAAAUUUUUGUGAAAAAAAAGUGAUAUGAAGUAAUGAAUGGAAAAAGAAAUGGGGUAGAUUUAUAUAUAAGAUUUAAGAAUAUGAUUUAAGAGCUUUUUAAAUGUACAGGGUGUUCAAAUAGUGGUUUAUAAAUUUUAUAUAACUGUUUUGUUUAAUGUUUCAAAAGCUUUAUGUGUUUGAUGUUUUAGACACUGUUACUCUUGUUUUAUUGCAGUAGAUCUGUACUUUACUAAUGGGAACAAAUGAUACAUAUAUUUCUAUAUUUAUACACAUAUCUGUUUUUAUUUUGCUGUAAAUCUCUUGGGGCAUUCCAUGUCUUUACUUAAGCUUUUAUACAUAUAUAUUAUCUUGCCUGUGUAAACAUUAAUAACAUGGUAAUUUAGUAGUAACUGCUUUAUAUGUUUUGCAAUCUUAAACAGAACAACCCAGAUUUUUGCAAUUUUUGAGCCAUUCAGUUAAAAUACAUAAGCCAGUCAAAACAGAUAUAAAGGAAAUACCGUUUAAAUGACAUUUAGCCUUGCUUUUAAUUAUUAAAGGAGCAUACACACUUCAGUUGAUUAUUAUAACUUGCAUAUUUCUGAAAAGUUUUUUUAAACAGUUUACUAAUUUUAAAUAAAGCAUAUUAACGUGAA